CAACUUGCUGUUUCGCAAGUUAAUCGCGCAGCUGCAGCCUUCACGAGUGCUCAGGAUGCAGACCAUGAGCUUGACCAGCACUUUCUGCGGCUGCAGCACUGCAUUCCGUGCCAGUUCUGGCAGGCAGUCCCAAAACAGGUUGCCAUGCCUCGUGAAAGCCGAGGCUGCAGACACUCAGGGUUCACGCCGAGGUGUCCUCUUUGGUCUGGCUGGAGCCUCUCUGCUCCUUUCAAAACCGCAGUCAUCGCAAGCGGCUUUCGGAGAAUCCGCAUCAAUCUUUAAGUCGAAGCCAACCAACACCACAGGCUUCAUUCCUUACAGCGGCGAGGGCUUUGCUUUGCUGCUGCCCUCCAAGUGGAACCCCAGCAAGGAGCGGGAGGAGAGUGGCGUGGCUCUGAGGUAUGAGGACAACGGCGAUAACUUGAACCAUGUGACUGUCAUCACGCGCAAGUCGGACAAGAGCUCCAUUGACCAGUAUGGAGCGCCGGACGAGUUCCUCAACUCCAUCAAGAACCUGCUGGGCGAGCAAACCUUCAAGGGCGAGACCAUUUCUGAGGGCGGCUUUGCGAAGAACAAGGUAUCGACUGCGGCGCUUCUGGACGUGCAGAAGGCCAAGGACUCCAAGGGCAAGACCUACUACAAAUACGACAUCCUCUCACGCUCAGCUGAUGGCAACGAGGGGGGCAAGCACAACCUGAUCACCGCUGCCGUGGGCAAUGGCACACUCUACAUCUGCCAGGUGACCAUUGGAGACAAGCGCUGGUUCAAGGGAGCCAACAAGGACGGCCAGGGCGUGUCUAACUCUUUUGUGGUGGCCUGAGGGAGCAUUCUUCAUAUUGGCAUUCCUUUUAUGUACAGCGGGCUUGAAGAGCUGCAGACCUGUCACCCAAGAACAUUUGUCUAGCUGUGAGUUAUUCGAUAGCCGCACCGGACAGGCUUGGGAGUGGAGGAAAUGGUAAGACAGCAAGUUGAAUAUUUGAGAAGAAUUUUGAUCCUGUGCUGAUUAAGCACUGCUGAGAAGGCUUCAGAGGGUUGAUGGGUACUGAUCUCAUCGUUUGGCAGUAUCGAUGUGAUCUGUAAUGUAGCAAUACUGC